UCCGCCGCGUGGCCGGUUUUUGUCGGUUUCAUUAAUUUUGUGGUCCUGGCGACCACUCCCCAAAUGAGUCCGAUCUACGUUUCCGGCAACAAAUUUGUUCCCAUUUUUUUCCCCAGAUCUAACCUCUCAGGAUCUAGCCACUAACGGUAAGAAUCCCAGUUCGAUUUCGUCCGCCGCUUUCCUUCCUGCGGCGGGGACAUAUGGAGGAGGAGUCCUUGAACCAGAACAAGAAGAGCGAUCCUGCCACCGAGAAGAUCUGCACGAAGAAGAAGAAGAAAAAGAAUAAGCUGCAGCAACUGAUCAAGGUGGUGUACAUCUCCAACCCCAUGAAGGUGAAGGCCACCGUCGCCGAGUUCCGCUCCGUCGUCCAAGGGCUCACCGGCCGGGACUCCGACCUCGAGUCGUCCCUCUCCAAGUACGGCGCCGUCGCAGUCGACUACUACGGGACCCCUGAUCUACCGCCUCAGGAGGAAGAGCCGUGCGAUGGCUCCGCCUGCGCGGAUCUGAGCGGGGACGGGCGGGCGAAGCGAGCGGGCGGGGAGCUGAAGUUGGACGACCACGAGGAGUUGCCGGGGUUAUUGUCGACGCCGCCAGUUUACUACGAGCUUCAAGAGAAGUGCAGUAGCGAGCAUGCAGAUGCAGCAGGUAUAGCAGCAGUAGCAGCCGUUCCAUCCACAUCCGACAACACCACUACUCCUUCCCAACGAAAAACACGCUUUCCCCCCGUUUUUUCAAUCGUUCAAUUAUUAUUUUAGAAAAGUUAAUUUAUUAAGAGAGGGCAACCAGUACCUAAUGAGUUUGUCUUUGUACUGUUCGAAAUUAUUUUGUAAAUUAACUAAUUUGAAAAAAAAGCUAUGGGCAAAAAUU